AAGGAGGCACCGGGAAUGAAUGCUCAGAGUGCAGCUUCCAACUGAAGUUCAAGAUGGCUCGUAACGUGAUCUCCCUCCUCGUGACUCUGUGUCUCGUGGCAGCAGUUGCUGGACACAGCACGUAUGGCAUUGGCGGACACAGACCUGUUGUUCACGGCAGUGGAGUGCUCGGUGGUGUCCACGGAGGUGUUCACGGCGGUGUCCACGGAGGUAGUGUUCAUGGCCUAGGACUCGUAGGCUCUGGCAUCCACGGCGCUGGAUCCUUCAACACCGCUCAUUACCCUGGAAUUGUGCCUGGUUACAGCUUCUACGACCAAAGACCCGUACUCGGAUACAACAACUGCAAGUACUGGUGCAAGAGUAAUUAUACCAACAAGUACUACUGCUGCCAACGACCUUACCAAGGAUAGACUCAGAAGUCUUCACAGAAAAAUACUUAUUUGUUGAUUGUUUGUUAUACAUCAUAGAUUAUUUACUAAAAAAUAAAUAAAACGUAGCGUCACGA